CUCUGGUCCCCAGCCCCCAUGCACCCCACCUCGAGCUGGCCACCAGGGCCAGGCUUGUGACCCAGAUGCGGCCUUGCCACUCUGUUCUUUCGCUGCCUUUUGUGGGUAGACGGGUGGGGUGGGGUUGUCAAGAGAAAGAAGAGGGAGACGGAGGAAAUGGGAAACUGGAGGCAAGCCCUAGAAGUAUGGCGAACUGGAAGAUGAGUGAGAGGUUCUCAGGGUGCAAGCGGGAGUCAAGAAAGUCGGAGGUGGGGGCAAUAGAGACUGUUAACACUCUCAUCUCCAAUGGGGGGAAAAGAGAAGUGUUUGCAGACUUGGCAGUCAGACCCAGGUGAUGCCUGGACAAGAGAAGACACCGGGUGACAAGAGCAGAGCGGGAAGCACACCUUCCAGGACGCCUGGGAAUGUGGGGUGCAGAAAGGACACGGGGGAGCGGAAGAAACAGGGAAGAGGCAGGGAGCUCCGAUGACUCACUUAUAAGCACUAUGUUACCUGAAGCAGAAGCUGGAAGGAGGAGGAAGAGGAAAGGGAAGGAAUCAGGAAUGCCUCUUAACCAGGGACAGUUGACAUUCAGUGAUGUAGCUGUAGAAUUCUCCCAAGAGGAAUGGGAAUGCCUAGACCCUGCACAGAGGGCAUUGCACAGAGAUGUGAUGCUGGAGAACUACAGCAACCUGGUCUCUGUGGGAAUCUCUCUUCCUAACCUGAAUGCUAUUGCCAUGUUGAAACAUAUGAAAGAGCCCUGGACUGUGGAAAGUGAAGAGAAAGUAAAAAGAAACAAAAGUGAACAAGAAAGUGCUAAAGGUACGAGUGCAGAUAUCUCCCCUGAACAUACAAUUAAAGAAUUCUCACCAAAAUGGGUCAGUGAUACCAGAGAAAUAUCCAAAACAGUGAUACUAGAAAGACAUAAAAGUAAUGGCAUUAAAGAGUUUUGCUUCAGGAAUGUCCAGAAAAAUAUACAUGACUUUAAGUUUAAAUUGAAAGCCAGCGCAGGAAAUUACAAAGCGAUGCUUGUGAUUCAUAAAGAACAUCUAACUAGUAGAAGAAAUCAAGGUAGUAGAAAGAGUACAGAAAACAAACUUAUGAACAACUGGCUUGAAUGUGUUGAGUCUCACCUACCUGAACUGCAUAUAUGUCAGUCUGAAGGGAAAAGUGAUAAUGAAAUUGAGAAGUCUAUCAACAAUAGCUCUACAAUUUUACCAUCUCAAAGAAUUCCUUCUAGUGUCAAGACCCACAUUUCUCAUGAGUAUAGGGAUAACUUACACUCAUUACUCCCACAAAGACAGAAGGGACACAGAGAAAAGCCUUAUAAAUGUAAUGAGUGUGGCAAGGUCUUCAGUUAUACCUCUUCACUUGCACAUCAUCGGCGAAUUCAUACUGGAGAGAAGCUUUACAAAUGUAUUGAAUGUGGUAAGGCUUUUUUCAGACGUUCCUAUCUUUUGGUACAUGAAAGACAUCACACUGGAGCAAAGCCUUACAAAUGUAAUGAGUGUGGCAAGGUCUUCACUCAAAAUUCACACCUCACAAGUCAUCGGAGAAUUCAUACUGGUGAGAAACCAUAUAAGUGUAAUGAAUGUGGCAAAGCAUUUAGUGUUCGUUCAAACCUAACUAAUCAUCAGGUCAUCCAUACUGGAGAAAAGCCCUACAAGUGUAAUGAGUGUGGCAAGUUCUUCAGUCAAACCUCAAGCCUUGCGAUUCAUCGUAGAACUCACACUGGAGAGAAACCUUACAGAUGCAAUGAGUGUGGAAAAGUCUUUAGUUCCCAUUCAAACCUAAAUACUCACCAGAUAAUCCAUACUGGAGAAAAGCCCUACAGAUGUUCAGAUUGUGGCAAGGUCUUUACUCAGAAUUCUCACCUUGCCAAUCAUUGGCGUAUCCAUACUGGAGAGAAGCCUUACAAGUGUAAUGAAUGUGGCAAAGCCUUCAGUGUGUACUCAAGCCUGACUACCCAUCAGGCAAUUCAUACUGGAGAAAAACCUUACAAAUGCAAUGAGUGUGGCAAGGUCUUCGCUCAGAAUUCACACCUUGCAAGUCAUCAAGGGGUUCAUACCGGGAAGAAACCCUACAAGUGUGAAGAAUGUGGUAAAGUCUUCAGUCAGACUUCAAACCUUGCAAGACAUUGGAGAGUUCAUACUGGAGAGAAACCUUACAAGUGUGAUCUGUGUGGCAAAGCCUUUAGUGUACGUUCAAGCCUCACUUCUCAUCAAGUUACUCAUACUGGAGAAAAACCUUAUAAGUGCAAUGAAUGUGGCAAGGUCUUCAGUCAAACUUCAAGCCUUGCAAUUCAUCAGAGAAUUCACACUGGAGAGAAACCUUAUAGGUGCAACCACUGUGGAAAAGCCUUUAAUUCACAUUCAAACCUUAAUACCCAUCAGGUUAUCCACACUGGACGAAAACCUUAUAAAUGCCAGGAAUGUGGCAAGGUUUUCACUCAGAAUUCACAUCUUGCAAAUCAUCGAAGAACUCAUACUGGAGAGAAACCUUACAAGUGUAAUGAGUGUGGCAAAGCCUUCAGUGUGUACUCAAGCCUGACUACCCAUCAGGCAAUUCAUACUGGAGAAAAACCUUACAAAUGUGAUGAGUGUGGCAAAGUCUUCACUCAAAAUUCACACCUGGCAAGUCACCGGAGGACUCAUACUGGAGAAAAACCUUACAAGUGUGAUAAGUGUGGCAAAGCCUUUAGUGUGCGUUCCACCCUAACUACUCAUCAGGCAGUCCAUACUGGAGAAAAACCUUACAAGUGUGAUAAGUGUGGCAAAGCCUUUAGUGUGCGUUCCAGCCUAACUACUCAUCAGGCAAUCCAUACUGGAGAAAAACCUUACACUUGUAAUGAGUGUGGCAAGGUCUUCAGUCGAAGUUCCAAUCUUGCAAGUCAUCAGAGAACUCAUACUGGGCAGAAACAUAAGUGAGUGUGGCAAGGUACUUAGGCACAGUGCACUCCUUGCAUAGUAUCCAAGAAUUAGUUAUUAAGAGCCUUUGUAAAUGCAAUAACUAUAGGAAUUCACCAAGAGUUCAACACCGCUGGUUGUAGUAUUACACACAAUCCAGCUGGGCCUACAAAGUGAAAUCCAGACUUUAAAAAAUAAAACAAAAUAAGAGCUGGGUAUGGUGGUGCACACCUUUUAUCCCAGCACUCAGCAGGCAGAGGUAGGAGGAUCUCCAUGAGUUCAAGGCUACCCUGAGACUACAGAGUGAAUUUCA